ACUGGAAAGGGUAGAACGAAUCUUGAUACGUUCUCAAAAAAGAAAAAAAAGAAAGAAAAAAGAACGAAUCUUGAUACGAACAUUCUCAUUUUGAUUAACCCAAAUCAAAAGGCCCUGCACGACCCCAGUCGGCGGAUAGACGGGAAAUGGCCGAUAAUGAGGCGCCGCCGCCGAUAAGGCUGAUGACCUUCGUUUCCGAAGAUCAGUUGGAAGAAGCUCGGAGGACCCGAGGACCCCGAGUCGAAGAUGGUACUGCUCAGAGAGAUAGGCCCCUUUACGAGAUUUUACAGGAGAAUAAGGACAAGAAAGAUGCUGAGUUCAAUGAACGCUUCAAGCACAGACCACCAAAAGCUCUGGAUGAAGAUGAGACCGAGUUUCUUGAUAAAUAUGAGAUGUCAAAGAGACAAUAUGAGCGACAAAUGGCAGAUGAAGAAGAGCAAGAGCUGCGUACUUUUCAGGCAGCAGUUGAAUCACAGUCUCAAGUUGUACAUGAGCUAAAGGAGACACCUUCACUUCCAAAAGUUCAGUUGCAGGAUAAAAAAUCAGCGGUAGGAAAGAAGAAUCGGCCGGCUCGUAGCCUAGGGAUGGUAAUAAAAGUGAAGCCGCAAGCUAAGAAAGCAAAAGUAGAAGCUGCAGCAGAUUUGGAAGAAACAGCAACAGGUAUUGGCAAGAAACCUGGGGUUGAUGUGUCAAAAUCGUCUCUAGGUAAUUUUGGUUUGGUUUCAUAUAGUGAUGAAAGCGAGGAUGAUGAUGAUUGAAUCUCUAGUGCACUUAUUCUGUUGAGAGAUAUUUGUGAAGAUCAUUUCUUUCUUUCUUUA